ACAAUCUGAUGUGUGUUUAGCCUGUACACACUCAAUUUAUAAUAACUUUUACGUUCAAAACAAAGUUAAAUAUUAUAUAUUUCUUAAUAAAUUGAAAGAUAAUUAUAACGUUUAAUCCUAAUUAUGUCAAUGGAAACAGUUCCCAAAGAUUUACGUGGAUUAAGAGCGUGUUUAGUAUGUUCAUUGGUUAAGACAUUUGAUCAGUUUGAAUUCGAUGGUUGUGACAAUUGUGAUGAAUUUUUACGUAUGAAAAAUAAUAAAGACAAUGUUUUUGACUGCACAAGCUCUAACUUCGAUGGUAUGAUCGCUGCAAUGAGCCCUGAAGAUAGCUGGGUUUGCAAAUGGCAGAGAAUAAAUCGUUUCUGUAAAGGCGUAUACGCAAUAUCGGUAUCAGGUAGAUUACCAGCAGGUGUUAUAAGAGAGAUGAAAAGCAGAGGAAUAGUGUAUAGACCGCGCGAUACAAGUCAACGAUAAUUUUCAACUUGUUUCAGAAUUUUUCUGUAUUCCUUCAACCUAUUUGACUAUGUUUAAAAUUUUUCUGACAUUUCCUCGCGACUUUACUCUCUCACUAUUUCAAAAGAUUACAGUAUAUUAAUAUUCUCUUCUAAUAUUUUUAAGUGUUUGUACAGAUUUUUAAAUGGACUAGUUUGUAAUAUCUUGAAAACUUUUGAAUUUAAAGCAUAUGUACAUCUCGUGUCGAAUCCAUUCUCUCUUAUCAUACACAUGUUCCAUUAACAUUAUGUACUGAAUAUUUUUAAAAAAAUGUUAAUGUU